AUGUUCCGCGCAGUUCAAUCGGUCCGUUCGUUCUCGUCGACCGCGGCUUGCCGCCAGGACCUGAUCCAGCAGACGUUUGUUUCCAAGAUCCGCGAGUUCGCCAAGAACGCCGGUAACCUGGCCAACUCUGACCCAGCUGUCAAGAAGGCUCUCCAGGACGAGCUCAACAGAUUGGCCACCAAGUUCCAACUCGCCAGCGCCGACGUUGUUUCCAAGCUCCCGACCAACUUCGAAAAUGCCAAGGUAUCCAAUCCAUGAGAUUUUGAACAUUCAAAAGGAAAAAUAUUUAUCCCUCAGGUUGAUUCCGCCGUCCAAUCCGCCCUCGAAGGACAGACCCUGGCCCAGCUUUUGGAGGGAGUCAAGAAGGAGCACACCGAGUACGUUGCCUCCCGCGACGCCAAGAAGGCCGAGCAAGCCGCCCGUAACGCCGCCCUCAAGCAGUAAACGUAUUCCUCCGAUUUUUGGUGUAUUGUUCCUUUUUUGUAAUAGAUCUUCUAUAGAUUUUGAACCGAAUGAACGUUUUUCUGUUCCAUAAAUAUCCCUGCCGUCUUCUUUUUCUCGAUGUUUGUGUCACACAAAAACCUACUUUUCGAAUUGAUAACCAGUCGAGUUAUCAAUCUUACCAGUCACGAGAAUCGUAAUACUGGCCAACGGUCGGCGGGGGAAAUUCAAACGCUCUACGCUCGGAACAGCCCGCGAACUAAAUGAGGAGGUGCCGCGAAAACAGCCUCCGGCUGCCUGGUGUGCACUUAGGUCUCACUUGCGUACGUCACUAGACAAUUGCGCAUUCAAAGAAGAAUUACCUUUGUUCAUUCGUUUAAUCUUCCCAUUUUGCAGGUUGUUGUUGUUUCGCGAUUGGAAUGCAUUCCAGAUUCUAGUCAAUUUCAUUCUAAUUAAUAAAAGGUUUGAUUAGUUUCAUUUUUGUUUUCAUUUCACACCUUUUCUCGUUUAGAUGGUGGAAGCCUCCAAAGCGAAGGCGACGGCGGGUUCUACGCGUAAAUCCAAGUCGCCGCAGAAGCCGUUUUCUCAAUUAUCACCACGAGAACUCAAAAAGCGAAAGGUUUGUUUUGAUCAACAAGACCGCGCGGCGGAAGAGAGGGCGGGUAGUCUGGAGGUCAGGUUGCCGAAUGACAUCACUCGUGACCCCGUUGCUCGAGGGAGAUAAGCGCAGCAGAAAGAGACUAUUUUCCCCCGCAUUCAUUCCGCAGACGAUAUUAUGCAUUGCACGGUCACUCUCCAGAGAACAAUUUCUCUGUGGUACUUACCAUUCAGCUCGGUAAGCAUUCAGCUUAUGUUCGUUGGAUUUAAAUGUCAAUUUAAAUUUUUUUUCUUCAGGGAGUGACAUUCGGAGAUGACACGAACGAGAGAAUCGCUGCGGCCACUUCUGACUUCAUUUACGCGGAGAACAAGCAGUGGGAGUUCGUCGCGAGCUGCUUCGACUUGCAGGACCGCCGCGAAAGCCGGGAAGGCGAUAACGACGAGUUGCUCGGACUGUGCAACUUCUUCGAAACGGAGGAGGGACAGCCUCAACUAACCGGUAUCAAAACUGAUUUUUUUGGUCGUAAACCCGAUUAGCAAGAUACAGACGAUUCCGACGAACCACUGCCGUUCGAAGUGUUCGCCGAACAGGGAAUGCGCAUCUCGUACAAACCGCCGGCAGCAGCUCCGUGAGUUUAUAGUUUGAGAUGGUUCUGAUGAGUGUUUUCAUUUUCAGAGGCACCUCCGUAAGUUCGCUUCAUCUAUCGAUGCUUCAUUUGGACAGCCGACCGAUGAUCGCCAACACUUCACGGUUCGUGAAUUUAACUGAUAGUUCCUUCAAUUUUCGGUCAAUUUCAGACGCGAGGAAGAGGGGACGUCGUCCAAUCUUCUGCCGGACAAGGACGAGAUAGAGAAAGCUUUCCAGGGAGUUUUGCCAUGCUCAAACUCGCAGAAAACGAACACCAGAAGAUCGUCGAUGUCCGAAAAGAAGAAGCAGCCGCAGGAAAGUAAGCCUGAUCCGAAGGAAGAGUUCUGGGACGAAGACUUCUGGAAUAACGACUUCUGA